AUGGCUGUAAUAAGUGAUAUAAAUUCGCUUACAUAUAUCGAUGAUAAUAUAUUUAUUAUUUACUCUACCAAUCGUUUAUUUUACUGUUUUUAUUUACAUAUAAUCGCCACACAGCUAUUGAAGAUCCGUGUGUAUGAUGUCAAUGAACAUAUCGUUUGUUCUCUGUGUGGUGGCUACUUUAUUGAUGCCACUACCACCACUGAGUGUCUUCAUACCUUUUGCAAAAGCUGUAUAGUUAAAUACCUCCAAACAAGUAAGAGUUGUCCACAAUGUGGGAACAAGGUCCAUGAAUCACAGCCACUGAUCCACCUUCGGGCUGACAGAACCAUGCAGGACAUUGUGUACAAACUUGUGCCUAACUUGUUUGAAAAUGAAGAAAAAAGAAGAGAAGAUUUCUACAAAUCAAGAGGAUUUGCAAAACAAAAGAAAGGCAUAGUUGUGGAGAAGAAGGCCACUCCAAAAUUGUCAUGUAUCUUGAACAACCCAGAUGCUCACCAAUUUAAAUAUGAUGAACAGAUUGGACUUUGUCUGGAGCGUUACAGUAUUCAGUCCAUUAAGGUGAGUGGGGAGGCGUUUGACCUGAAAGUCCUGGAGAGAAAGUUCAUCAGAUGUUCUGUACGUGUUCUAAUUGCUCACUUGAAGAGAAUUAUCACCAAAAAACUCAACAUUCCUGCAGGAGUUGAGGUGGAGAUGAUGUGUGACAAUGAUGAGCUGUUAGAUGAGAUGUCUAUGAAACAAGUGAACCUGGUGUACUGGAGUCCUCGGGGCUCACCAAUGAUCCUUUAUUAUCGUCUGAGAGAACCAGGAUGAGAAAUGUACGCAGCUUUAGGAGAGAACCAAGAUGAGAAAUGUACGCAGCUUUAGGAGAGAACCAGGAUGAGAAAUGUACGCAGCUUUAGGAGAGAACCAGGAUGAGAAAUGUACGCAGCUUUAGGAGAGAACCAGGAUGAGAAAUGAACGCAGCUUUGGGAGAACCAAAGGAUUUAUCUCCCCUCACACAUAUACAGAAUAUUGAACAUUGUUUAACAUAGAUUGUUUUUAGAUAGGUUUCAAACUGUUUUACAGGAAAAUUUCAGAUACAUUUGAUGAAAGUGUCUUCAAAAGAUAUUUCAGCUGAAAAACAUCAUGUGCAUUACAGUUGUCAACAUCACCCUGUAUCUAGGACUUGUGCCAAAUCAUUAAAACUUCACUUUUGUUUAAUUUAUAUGAUGAUUUUACUAAAACUUUAAGAAAAUGGUUUAAUGUUGAUCUGUUUACAAACCCAGCUGUUGAACCUGCCAUUAUUGAUGUAGUAGAUUGAUAUUUGCUGUGUUUCUAUACUUAAAGUGUUAAAAUUAACAAUUAAUAACCCUAAAUGAUUAAGGAAAUAUUGACCAAACGAUAAAUGGUAUUAGCUUUUUAGUUUGUUUUUAAAUU